UAACUUAGGAGAUAGGAUUUUGAAUAUAACUGAAAAUCUAUUAGGAUUAAGUAGUGGUAUACCAGUUAUUGGAAGAAUGAUGCAUAACUAAGAAAUAUUCAAGUUUACAUAGAUGAGAACCAUGAUGAUGCAACAUUGACCCAGAAAUCAGACCAAGUAUAACUAAGUAGCGUCAAAACAAAACAACAUGAAGAAGACUAGCAGCAAAUCUCAGGCAUAUGCCUCUAGCCAAGAGGACAGUGAGAACGAUAGUGAUCAGACUGAAUGCAGCAUCGGCAGCAAUUCUACCGCUGGUACUCAUCGCAGCGAUACACCCACACGUAGCGCUCGUUAUCGACGAAAGGGUCGUCGCAGGAGCAAAACAGCAAACAAGAGCAAGCCCUCUACGGAUAAACCGUUAUACAAGUACUGUUGCAACGUGAAAGAAGAUCACGGGCAACCGUUGUUCGGGGUGCAAUUUAAUCAUCACUUGAAAGAGGGUGAACCUUUGAUAUUCGCUUGCGUGGGCAGUAGUCGCGUGAGCAUUUACGAGUGUCCAGAAGGUGGGAACAUACGAUUGCGACAGUGCUACGCCGAUCCCGACGCGGAAGAGAACUUCUACACAUGUGCAUGGACGUACGACGAUAUGGGGAAGCCACUGCUGGCUGUGGCAGGUUCACGCGGUGUCAUCCGUAUCAUCAGCCCUGUGACAAUGACGUGCAUCAAACAUUACAUCGGUCACGGGCAUGCGAUCAACGAGCUGAAAAUUCAUCCAUGCGACCCGAAUAUAUUACUAUCUGCAUCCAAAGAUCAUGCUCUCCGACUGUGGAACAUCAAGACGGAUGUCUGCAUCGCGAUUUUUGGUGGUGUGGAAGGCCACCGGGACGAGGUGUUGAGCGCCGAUUUCGACAUGCGAGGUAUGCGAAUUAUCUCGUGUGGCAUGGACCAUGCUCUGAAGCUCUGGUCGUUGGAUAAGGCAGAUAUGCAGGAGGCCAUCAAGCAGUCGUAUUAUUGCAAUCCCAGCCGCAACGGUAGGCCUUUCGACUCGAUCCUCCAGCACUUCCCUGACUUUACUACGCGUGAUGUUCAUCGCAAUUAUGUCGACUGCGUCAAGUGGUACGGUGACUUCAUCUUGAGCAAGUCCUGCGAAAAUUGCAUUGUCUGCUGGAAACCCGGCCGACUCGAGGACUCGCAGCUGCGUAAUGGCGAGACCAGUGCGACGAUGUUACAUCGUUUCGAGUUUAAGGAAUGCGACAUUUGGUUCAUACGCUUCUCCAUGGACUUUUGGCAGCGAACAAUAGCCAUGGGAAAUCAGGUCGGCCGUACUUAUGUCUGGGACUUGGAUGUUGACGAACCCGGGCAAGCGCGUUGCUGCUCUCUUCAACAUCCUCGUUGCGCCGCGCCUAUACGGCAGACCAGUUUGAGUCGAGACGGUUCUGUGUUGUUAUGUGUCUGCGACGACGCAACUAUUUGGAGGUGGAAUCGCGAUCACUAACUUUAGACACUCGAAUUUUUAACAAGAAGCAAGUACAAUCAACUGACAAAUGUACGGAUCAAAAGAAAUGUACAUAUACUUGUUAUGACCUUGAAUAAUUUUAUUGUUUGGAUAUAUAAAAUAAUACAAGAUCAACUGUACGUAUAAGUGAACUUUUAAGUGGUCUAUUCCAAAGUGCUGUUCAGCUAGACUAUCAACAAUUGUCAGUUCAAUACUUGUGUAGAUUUAAUCAUAUAAAAUAAUCGAUUAAAUGCUGAACCGACAGCUGUGUAGAAUAAUAAAUAUAUAGAAUGGCUGUGUUCAGAAAA